AUGACAACCUCCCCUCAAUUCGAUAGCCAGAGAGCCGUAGUGGCGCUGCUCAACCAAGCAUCCACCGUCCAUCGCCUCUCCAUCCUCGACCAUCUGGUAGACACUAAAUCGUCGCCUUUUCAACUCGUAGCCGAACGCUCGCUCUGCCUAUCCCUCCCGGAGGACGACGACCUACUACGAUCGCUGCUCGCACACGAGAUCUCGACGCAGGGAGAAGCAGAAACGCUCGUUCGGUGGGCACUCAAGUUCACGGCUGCCACGAGCUUCUUCAUCGUCCUCGAGAUGAAGCACGCAACUCAGGAUUCGGCCGUCGAAGUCUUGCUGCGUGACUUUGCACCAAAUCUGUGGGAAACAUACGGUCAGGACGAGAUCUACGUGUCGCCGGACUGUGCUACUGCUGAAAUGCAGAUCGAGCUUCUCUUCCCGCACGGGCUCGACAGCGAUACCACGGCUGUGACCGACUCGACUCACACCCUUUCCCUUGCCUCUCCCGUCGAGCACGCGCCACCGAUGGUCCCCAACGCAUCCUCGUCCAGCGCCGCCGAAAGCGCAUUUAGCUACACCUCUGCCGCAUCCACCUCCACGGCCGCUACGUCCGUUCGACCUCAAAGCCGGGCCUCUUCUGCUCACCCUACCUUCAAAGCCAGACCCAUCCCCACAACCGUCAAGAGUGCGCCGUCGAUCCAGCCCCGAUUGAGCAAAGCAGCAGCACUGCGCAUGGGUGUCCAGCUACCGGACUCCCCUGCUCGCGUUGCUUCUCGAAACGUCAGUCCGACCAAAGAUUCUGCUAGUGUGGGCAUUUCUGGCGUGGUCAAGCGGCCAGUGGCACCACCUGUCUCGCUCAAGGCGCCGAGCAUCGCUCCUCGUCUCAACAAGGCUGCCAUGGCUCGGCAAGGUGGACCAUCAGCCGCUGCUCCCGAACUCGCAGGUAGACCAGCUUCAGCAGCAGCGGGUGCCACUAGACACGCCUUCCCAACAACUCUUUCGACGAGUGCAGAUGCCGCACCUCGCAAACAGGUGGAUUUCUCCAACACUCCGGGUCACAAACGUCACUCACUCAUCGGUAAGACUACAAUCGCGUCCAUCGCCCCCCCCACCAUCGCUCCGCGUCAGAACAGGGCCAGCAUGAGUCGGAUCCAGCCGCAAACUCUAGCCACCGCUUCUUCUCGACCGACCUCUAGGGAUGCUGCUUCUGCUCCUCCAUCGUCGUUCAAAGGCGCAUCCCUUGCACGUCGAUCAUCCGUCUCCACCCCGCAAAGUGCAGCGCAUCGCGAUCGCGCACCUGUCGACUUUACCGCCACACCAGGUCACAAACGCACCAGCCUGAGCCUAUCCAUCCCGUCCCUCGCAGCGCCGUCGCUAGCACCUCGGCAGAACCGAGCCUCGCUGGCGCGCACCCAGCAGCCUUCCGGAACUGCUUCGCCGCGGCUGACGGAAAAGUCUCCGGCUGUGAAGGCGACGGAUUUCACCGCUGUCGCGGGGCACAAGCGGUCGUCGUUGAGCUUUUCGUUGUCGAGUCUGAGGGCGCCGUCGAUCGAGCCGAGGUUGAAUAGAGCUGCGGGUGUUAGGAUGGGUAUGGGCAAGGGUGCUGCUGGUCAGUGA